AAGCGGUUUUUUCUCUCAUCCCAUUUACAAGUCUAGAGAGAGAGAGAGAGAGAGAGAGAGAAGCUCAAACCCCCAAGCUAUCGUUCGUCCUCCACAUUCCGCACCUAGGGUUUUGCAUUUUCCUUUCUCUGAUUCGGUGAUUCCUUCCUCCUUUUCAUCGCCCUCCGGAGGAUUAAUCUCGCCUUCAAUGAAUCUCCUCAGCUCGGCCAAUUUCAGGGUUUGAAUCUGUGUUCACUCAUAGAUCACUGAGUUACUAAUGUCAGCAAAGAGCAAUUUCGAGUGCACUCGUUUGGAGUUUUUGUAUCUUGGAAUUUCUUAAGUGAAUGGUUCCAGAAGCAAUAUUUAUUGUAAAUUUUCAGGAUUAGCUCAUACUGUCGUCCAGUUCUGCAAUUGAAUAACUUAGACAAAGUGGGUCUUUGUGAUAAUGGGUUCAUUUCCGGGUAGUUCGGAAAUUGUUGAAGCAGAAGACGAGCCGAGUUCAAGUCAACGUGGCAAAGGAAUAUACCAACUAAAUUCAGGAUUGAGUGUGAGAGGCAAAAAUGAGAAGCUUCCUGUGCUACAACUGGGAUACAAGGAUUCUCUGGAAGAUGAUAUUAAUAAGCUCUUUGAGGCGAUCAAUCUCAAAACGUCAAAGGGUUUGGGUCUCUCACACCAAGCAGCAUCUAGCCCUUUGAAUAAGAAUGCCUCAAAGAAGCCAAUUACUAUGGGGAUGCCUCGCUCACCAGGGAAUGGGAGUUCUGAGCCGGUGAAUUUGAAACAAGCAUUAAGGGAGCUAUCCCUUACUAAAGCAUCGGAAAUGGCUGCGAUGAAACGUUUAUCAAAGAUGACAAGUUCUCCUGCAGCCUCUGAAGCUGGAAGGAUCAAGACAUUGUACAAUUCAGUUGUACUCGAAGCAAGUAAGUCUGGCCCUCUCUCUGUUGAAGGCAGGGGAAAUAUGGUUGAGAUAUCUCUGGUGCCAGAAGAAAGCCUAUCAAAUGCUUUGGACAGGAGGCCUGAGCGUCUUCAAAUGUCCAAGAUGAAGUCACCAAACCAAAGUGUUGAUUCUUCUCCUCGAUUUGCUACAACGCAAAAUGUCAAGGGUAAUGUCCCAGUUCCAAGUGAAAGUACUUCUACAACAAAGAAAGUUGGAAUUCAAUCAAUACAGUCAAAGAUGGUGCAAAAAGAGAAGCUCUCAUCUGAACCUUCUCCAUCCUGUUCAGAUCAUGGUGGUGACAUUUUAGAAUUAGUAGAAGAUGUUACUGCCAGGCAGCAAAACAUUUCUGGAGCUUCAUCAAAAAGAAAUGAAGGUAUUUCCACACCAAGCAAAGUUGGGACUCAAACAAUAAAGUCUGUGCUGGUGGAAAAAGAGAAGCACACACCAGAACCUUCUCCAUCUUCUUCGUAUCAUGGUGGAAAAUCUGUAGAAUUGGUUGAAAAUGUUCCUGUUUCGACCAACUUAAGAAAUAAGGCAUCAGGUCCAAAGGCAGGACAGAAAGUCAGGUUACAUGCAGUAUCUUCUUCAUCUAGCUUAGUCGGCAGAAAUAGAGUAAGCAAGCUAUCCAGAAAUAAUCCUCGCUUGGUGAGAUCGGUCAGCAGAAACAAGAAUAAGAGGAAAGUUAAGCCGGAUUUAAGUUCUACUGGUACGUCUACUGGAUUUAACGAAGCAGAUACAAAGUUAGAUCCUGCUACAAGUCAGCUGGUUUGUGAGAGAUGCCAAUGUACCUUGAAGAAUGCAACUAAAAGAUUUGGUCAAGUAUCCUUGGCACCUGAAUCGAGCAGUUUCAAUUCUAAGGUAAACUCAACUAAUGUUCAGUCCAAUGCAAACAAACCAGGCUUCACAUCUGAUGGCCGUGCUAGAAGUGGAGCUGCAGUCACGAAAAUGAAAAAGAACGUGAAAUCAAGAGAACAGGCAGAGUUCUCACAAAGCAGCCAAGGCGAGUACAGUAGUAGUACAACUAUGAGUGAUGAAAGCACUCUGAGUGGGUCCAGUUGUGGCAACAGGCCUCACAUGUCAAAAGAUGUGAGGUGGGAAGCUAUCCGGCAUGCUUGGAUGCAGGAUGGAGUCCUGGCCUUGGACCAAUUCAAUCUUUUAAAGAAGCUUGGUUGCGGAGACAUUGGUACUGUUUAUCUUGCAGAGUUAAUAGGUACCGAUUGCCUAUUUGCCAUAAAGGUCAUGGACAAUGAUUUUUUGGCUAGAAGAAAGAAGAUGCCUAGGGCUCAAACCGAGCGAGAAAUACUGAGGAUGUUGGAUCAUCCCUUUCUCCCUACGCUGUAUGCUCAGUUUACGUCGGAUAAUCUAUCGUGUUUGGUUAUGGAGUACUGUCCUGGUGGAGAUCUGCACGUCCUUCGGCAAAAGCAGCCUAGCAGGAACUAUUCCGAAGCAGCAGCAAGGUUUUAUGUUGCUGAAGUCCUCCUCGCUUUGGAGUACUUGCACAUGCUUGGCGUUGUCUACAGGGAUCUGAAGCCAGAGAACGUUCUUGUCAGGGAGGAUGGUCACAUUAUGCUCACAGAUUUUGACCUCUCACUCCGUUGCACUGUCAGUCCAACUCUCCUAAAAUCUUGUUCGGAUAUCGAGCCUGUUAGGAGGUCUGGUCCCUGUACAGAUUCGAGCUGUGCCCAGCCUUUCUGCAUUGAACCGCCCUGCCAAGUCCCAUGUUUUAGCCCGAGAUUCUUACCAGCCCCUGCAAAAACAAAGAAGAUAAAAAAUGACCUGGCAGCGCAGAUCAGAUCGUUGCCACAGCUUGUGGCUGAGCCUACAGAUGCGCGGUCCAAUUCCUUCGUGGGGACCCAUGAGUACUUGGCUCCGGAGAUCAUCAAAGGGGAGGGUCACGGAGCUGCGGUUGAUUGGUGGACGUUUGGAAUAUUUCUUUAUGAGCUGCUAUACGGAAGGACGCCUUUCAAAGGUGCCAACAAUGAAGAAACGCUAGCAAAUGUGGUGUUGCAAACCCUUAAAUUUCCGGACACCCCACUUGUUAGUUUCCAGGCAAGGGAUCUCAUAAGAGGACUGUUGGUAAAGGAGCCCGAGUAUCGGUUUGGAUCAGAGAAGGGGGCUGCGGAGAUCAAGCAGCACCCGUUCUUCGAGGGCCUGAACUGGGCACUUAUACGAUGCACCAAUCCACCAGAAGUGCCAGAGUUUUGCGAUUUUGAGAUCCCAAACUUGGUCCCUCCAGAAAAGCAGAGCAAGUUUUUAGAGUGCAAAGCCACGGGAGAGCUUCUGGAGUUUGAGUUGUUUUAGGUGGCAAAAACAAGAAGGAAAACCGUAAGAUUUUGGGACCUCUUUUUCCAUUGUUGUAACUUAUAAUGUAAAUGUGGUAGUUCAUACUGUGGCAAUGCUUUGUCAAUCGAGAGGCGUAGAGAGAUAUUAGUCCCAAGUUCUAGUAUUUGAUACAGGAAUUAAGCAACUUCACGAUGUGACACGGCUCGAGUGUACAAAAACGGCUUUGCAAAUUGAGUAAUCUCUCUCUCUCUCUC